AUGGCUUCGCAGAACAACACACGACGACACGUUGUCGUGGUCGGCGGCGGUGCAGCUGGCAUGUCCUGCGCAGCAACCCUCGCCAACAGCCCAGACAAGUUCAAGGUAACCUUGCUGGAGAGGGGCGACGUCGUCGGUGGCCAGGCAACCUCGAUACCCCUAAAUGAGUCCCGCCACGGAGCUCCUUGGAUGAACAAUGGGGUGCAGGGAGGGUCCGGGAUCUUCAAGCACACAUUCAACUUCUUCGAGCAGCAGGGCUAUCCGGCACAGGAGGUCAAGCUGCAGGUCUCCUUUGGAAAGGGCCAAGACGGCUUCUGGACCAAUGUCUUCCCCAGCAAGCUUGUUUCGCAGUAUGCUGCCGACAUCAAGAAGUUUGGCCUCUUCUUAAAGGUCAUCAAGUGGACGAUGCCGAUACUCGGCCUUAUCCCGAUAUCCAUCAUGCUGCGCGUCUUCUUCUUCAGCAAGGACUUUGGCGACAAGAUGGUGUAUCCACUGAUUGCGCUGUUCCUCGGGACCGGGAACCAGACAGCCCACGUCCCCUCUGCCAUCGUCGAGCGCUUGUUUGAUGAUCCCAACAUGAAGCUCUGGGACUACGACCCAGUCACCUUGCUGCCGAACCUGCCAACCAUGUUUACAUUUGACAAUCUCCACGAGUUCUACGGCACCUGGAGAAAGGAUCUGGAACGGCGCAGUGUCGUAAUCAGGACCAACACGGAGGUGUCCGAGGUGCUUUCUAGGUCCGGCGGCAAAGUGAAACUCGCAAUCAGAGACAACACGACCGGCCAAAAGACCGAGGAGACCUUUGACGAAAUGGUGCUCUGCGUGCUUGCCGACGACGGCCUCCGCCUACUCGGCAAGCAAGCAACGUGGCGGGAGAAGAUGGUUCUGGGAGGCGCGGCUUUCUACGACGACAUUACCGUCACGCACAGCGACAGAAAGUACUUUGACAGACACUACGAAACCCGCUUCCAGCAAAAUCUCUGCGCAGAGCCCCAGUCGGAAGCCCAAAAGAAGCAGAUUGCCUUCGCCAAAGGAGAAUCCGACGAGGUGGAAGAGCGCGGUGGCGGCUUCAAGCCCAUGUAUUACACCUUCACGUACGGCAGAGACCCGCGCUCCAUCGAAAUGUCCUUCAACUGCAGCAACUACCAGCACCAGCUCAAGAACGCCAACAUCAAGGCCGGCGAAGGAGUGCUCGAGCCGGUCUAUCAGACCAUCUUCCUCGACAAGAACAGGCAGGAUAUGUGGACCAUUGGCGAGAUUGACGAGUCCAAGAUCAUCAAGCGCAACUGGUGGCACCAGCUCGGUCACAGGUGGCAGCACUACCUACGCGUCGUUCCUGGAAUGAUGUUUUUGCACGGCAGGAAUAGCACCUACUUUGCGGGCUCCUGGACGUUGGUGAAUAUGCAUGAGCUGGCCUGUGUCAGCGGAAUAGCGGCCGCGUACCAUCUCGGAGCUGACUAUGCCAAGUUUGACGACUUUGCCCAGGACUUCUUCGCCAAGUAUCUGCUCCUGUCUCAUGGCAUCGUCUUUUCACGGGAGGAGAGGCGAAGGAACAAGUCCACCUAA